UUAAUAACGUGAAUAGAAUGGAGCCACGCUUUCUAGCAAUUUUUAUGAUAGCUCUUUCAUUUCCACACUUUGUUCAGUCCUUGGUGCGUCAUUACAAUUUUAGUGUGGUAUUGAAGAAUGAAACAAAGCUUUGUUCAACAAAAUCGUUUGUCACAGUAAAUGGAAAAUUCCCAGGGCCAACUUUGUAUGCAAGAGAGGAUGACACUCUAAUAGUAAAGGUCACUAACCAUGUUAAACAUGAAGUUACAAUCCAUUGGCAUGGAAUCAAACAGCUUCAGACUUGUUGGUCUGAUGGGCUAGCAUAUGUCACACAACGCCCUAUUAAGACAGGAGAAAGCAUGCCAUCUCUUAGCAGCUAUCACCGGUGUCAGGUUGUUCAUGAAUUGAACUACUCCAAGCUGACACAUUUGAUCUUCAUUGCUUCCAAUCACUAACAAGUAUUAUUUUAAAUUGAAUAACUCAUUUUCAAAUUCACAUGGCGAAUAUAACAUCAAGAAUGAAGGCCAAGCAUCAUGUGCAUAUUGACAAUUGAAAUAACAUAUAUCUGAUCCGAACAUAUGAAUUUUACCCACACCGGUAUAUAUGUAGCUCUGUGAGUACUUAGGGUAGCCAGAUUUUAAUAGAUUCAUGAGUUUCCCAAUGGACAAUGUUGUUAGUAUUUUUUAAAAAGCUAAAAUAACAAACAUUUUUUCUGCUAA